AAUCGUUUGUGGCGCGGUCACACUGCGUUGAACAUUUCUCCGUUUUUGUUUACGUUUGCACCGCGAAAACUCGUACAACCUGCACUCGCAAUUGUUUUGUGACAGCGGCGCGUUCAGCCGGCAAGCGCCCUCCAUAUCCGUUCGGUUCGCAAAUAGACAAAUUGUCAAAGAUAUUCGUUGGCCGCCUGGCCGCAGCAACGGCACUUGUCAUUAUCGGCAGCCGCUUUGAUCACCUGGCGCCCCGUCCCGCUCGCACCCGCACCAGAUAUUCAGCCGGAGCAGCGCCGCGGCAGAGCAGCAGCGGCAUUUGAACCGAAUAUUCUUUGAGCGCCGCUGCCUCUUUUGUUCUUGUUCUCGUUCGGCCUCUUCUUCUUUUUGGCCACUAGACACGUCAACAGAAUCGGCUAGCCAUAGCCGCAGCGGCAGAGGCAACGGUGGGAAGGAGGUGAGGAAGGCGCACACAAAGCGGCGAAGUAAGAGUAUCACGAGAGAGAGAUAGCCAGCUAGCAACAGAGAGAGAGAGAGAGCGAGCGAGAUGCGCGUGAGCAACAUCCGCAGCGGGCGGAUCUGCCGGAUGGUCCUGUGCCUGCUGGUCCUGCUGCCGCUGCUCUAUCUGCUGGCCAACUUGAGUGACCAUCACAAGCGCGUCCAGGAGGCGUACCACUCUCGCUUCGGUGGCCCCAAGUUUGCCCACCGCCGGAUGGAGGGGCGUCCGCGAGAGGUGCCCAAGCUGAUUGAUGGCCUUGGCAAUUUCGAACCCAAAGACCUCCAGCCACGCACUGGCCCCGGGGAGAACGGUGAGGCCCACAACCUGACGCCGGAGAAGAAACAUGUGGCCGACGCCUCCGAGAUGGAGUAUGGCAUGAACAUUGCCUGCUCCGAUGAGAUUUCAAUGCAUCGGUCGGUGCGAGACACGCGGCUGGAAGAGUGCCGCCACUGGGAUUAUCCCUUCGAUCUGCCACGCACCAGCGUGAUCAUUGUCUUCCACAACGAAGGAUUUUCGGUGCUCAUGCGCACCGUUCACUCGGUGAUUGAUCGUUCGCCCGCGCACAUGCUGCACGAGAUCAUUCUGGUGGAUGACUUCUCCGACAAGGAGAACCUAAGAACCAAGCUGGAUGAGUAUGUGCUGCAGUUCAAGGGCCUGGUCAAGGUGAUCAGGAAUAAGGAGCGCGAAGGCCUCAUCCGGACACGAUCCAGAGGAGCCAUGGAGGCAACAGGUGAGGUCAUCGUGUUCCUGGACGCUCACUGCGAAGUGAAUAUCAAUUGGCUGCCGCCCCUGCUGGCUCCCAUUUACCGGGAUCGCACCGUAAUGACUGUGCCCAUUAUCGAUGGCAUUGAUCACAAGAACUUUGAGUAUAGACCGGUGUACGGCACGGAUAACCAUUUCCGUGGCAUCUUCGAGUGGGGCAUGCUAUACAAGGAGAACGAGGUGCCUCGCCGGGAGCAGCGACGUCGUCCUCAUAACUCGGAACCCUAUCGCAGUCCCACACAUGCCGGCGGCCUGUUUGCCAUUAACAGGGAAUACUUCCUGGAGCUUGGAGCCUACGAUCCGGGCCUGCUGGUCUGGGGCGGUGAGAAUUUCGAGCUGAGUUUUAAGAUCUGGCAGUGCGGCGGCAGCAUCGAGUGGGUGCCCUGCUCCCGAGUGGGUCACGUCUAUCGCGGCUUCAUGCCCUACAAUUUCGGGAAGUUGGCCAGCAAGAAGAAGGGUCCACUGAUCACGAUCAACUACAAGCGCGUCAUCGAGACCUGGUUUGACGACACGCACAAGGAGUACUUCUAUACACGCGAGCCCCUGGCACGUUACCUCGAUAUGGGCGACAUCAGUGAGCAGCUGGCGCUGAAGAAGCGCCUCAAUUGCAAGAGCUUCCAGUGGUUCAUGGAUCACAUUGCGUACGAUGUGUAUGACAAGUUCCCGGGCCUGCCGGCCAAUCUGCACUGGGGCGAGCUACGCUCGGUGGCCUCCGACGGCUGUCUGGACUCCAUGGGCCAUCAACCGCCGGCCAUUAUGGGUCUCACCUACUGCCAUGGCGGUGGCAAUAACCAACUGGUCAGGCUCAAUGCCGCUGGACAGUUGGGCGUCGGCGAGCGCUGCGUGGAGGCCGAUCGGCAGGGCAUUAAGCUGGCCGUCUGCCGGCUGGGCACUGUUGACGGUCCUUGGCAGUACAACGAGCACACGAAGCAUCUCAUGCAUCGUGUCCACAAGAAGUGCAUGGCCCUGCAUCCGGCCACCCAGCAGCUGGCCCUGGGCCAUUGCGAUGUCAAUGAUAGCUACCAGCAGUGGUGGUUCAAGGAGAUACGCCCACGCUGGUAAGUCCAGCAACAAGUGGAAAAGGAGAAUGAGAAGAAGGAGCCGGAGGAGAAGGAGCAGGAGGAUGAGAAGCAGCAGGAGGAUCAAAACGAGAUGGAUCACAAGGGUUUCAGCCAGGGCAAGGGGCGAUAUUUUAGACAAAAGCAAUUUAGUGAAAAUGAGAAAAGGAAUUGUUGUUGGAUUUGUAACGCAAACAAGUAUAAACUGAAAACAAAAAACAAAAGAAACCGUACAGAUGUAAGCAUUUUUGUAACGCACUGUACACAGGCACUGUGGUGGACACAUGGAAAUCCCUUAGCUAUAGUUAGGAUUCGAGCCGCAGGGCAUUAAAUGCCACUGUAAAGAAAUCGGCGAUGAUAUUAUUAAAGCUUAGUAGGAGGAGAGAUAAAUUACAAUAAGAUGAGUAACGCCCAUGCACAGAUUUAAGAAGAGAUCACAGAAAAAUUCGAAAGGCGUUACUCGUCUUGUUAUUAAUAUAGGUCUUUUUGGUAGGAGCUUCGAUUUUGUACAACAAAUUCGUGUCUAGAUUGUAAAUUAUAUCCACAGAACAAAUAGAAUUCGCGAACAAAACUAUUAGUAUUUCUCGAUAACAAAAAAUACAAUCAAAUACAUCACAUUCCCAGAUAUAUAUUGCUAUAUAUUUAAAUCGAAGAAUCUCAUAAAUACCUUGGUGUUCAGUUAAAAUUAAAGAAGGACCGGCGAUUUAAAAGCUUAGGGGAUUUCCAUGCCGCCCGCCCUUGUUAUGUUCGUGCGAAUGAGUGAGACAGUGCGAUAGUUGUAGGAUGAACGCGAAUGGAAGGGAGACAGAGUCAGUCGUCUGCGAAUCGAGUGCAAUAGAUGAUGAUGAUGAAGAUAUUAAGAAUGUGUUUUGCUUUAUGAUUGCCAACACUAAAAUCAAUGUACUAACCUUAGCCUGUAUUCCUGUAACUCCCAACUAACCUUAGCUAAGUUUUUCAAUGCUGCCACAUUCCAAUCAAAUCCGUUCCGUGCGAGUCUCUAAAGCGGAGCGGAGCUCUCCGGGCCUCGCAUCAUCGGAUCCCAAAUUCAAGUGUUUUUUUUUUCCUACGAUUUUCAACUUCUUAUUUUCCGUAACGCUCUCUGUAUAUCUGGUAAUUUUAACUAAUGAUCGAUGCUAGUGCGCUGCGGGAGUUGGAGUUUUGAAAACAAUAUUUUUUACAUUCAAAUGUAACUCUAGAGUUAUCGAUAAGUCUGAAUAAUAGCAUAGAAAUAAACACGUUUUCUAAACACUUUAUCUUGUAAA